CGGCUGUAUUGUGUUGAGGGUCUCCCAGAUUGUGCGCUCCGCGUUCCUUCCUGGAAUGUUCGGACGAUCAAUCCUCGUUCGUUGAUAGGAGACGUUUCUGACGAGUCUACGAGACAGACGGGGCUAUUUGCCAACCAAUGGCUGGAUUUUUAGUUCGGCCCUCUCGUCGAGCCAAUCAGAAGGAGGAAGGGUGGGUAAUAAGAGGAUUCCGAAGGAGUGGAGGAGUGCUACUUUUGGGGGAAGUUUGCCACGUUUGCAGAUUUGUGGCGUGUGAAGCUUGGUGGGACUGGAAGUAAAGUUAUGACCCCUUCAUGGCCCGGCUCUGCAGAUUGUCACCUUUCAUGCUGAGAAACAUUUAAAUCUGAAAGUGUGGCAGUUGUGAAAUGGCAAUUGUACGGCGUGGCCAGCGGAAAAAAAGCAGCAGUGGGAAAUUCUCUGACCACAGAGUAAGGGGUUCGAAUCUAGAGCAUCCUAGAACUGGUUUAGGCGCUCCUUAAAUCUAGAGCCCUUAAACAAAUUACUGCGAGCGUAAGUAGUUGGACCAAACAUCACUGGGAGUAGAAGUAGUUGGACCAAACAUCUAUUCCUGGCCCAUUUAUGGUACGAGAAUUACGUACAUGUUCUUAAAACUCAGAGGUAUUUGUUGAAUUCCCAAAAAUGGAAGCUGCCUUUUGGACUCUCCUUUCUUUCUUAUUUGUGGCUUUCGGGACUGGAGCUCUCAUUCCGGAACCAGAAGUGAAGAUCGAGAUUCUCCACAAGCCAUUCAUUUGCAGGAGGAAGACCAAGACUGGGGACAUGCUGCUUGUGCACUAUGAAGGGUUUUUUGAAAAAGAUGGUUCCCUGUUCCAUUCUACCCACAAGCAUAACAACCACCAGCCCACCUGGUUUACUCUUGGUAUCAAUGAAGCUAUCAAAGGCUGGGAUAGAGGUUUGGUAGACAUGUGUGUUGGUGAGAAACGCAAGCUCACUGUUCCUCCAUCCCUGGGUUAUGGAAAAGAAGGAAAAGGGAAAAUUCCACCUGAGAGCACGCUGAUCUUCAAUAUUGACCUUGUCGAAAUUCGAAAUGGACCAAGGUCUCAUGAGUCCUUUCAAGAAAUGGAUCUUAAUGAUGACUGGAAGCUAUCCAGAGAGGAGGUAAAACUAUACUUAAAGAAGGAAUUUGAGAGACACGGUGCAGUGGUUAACGACAGUCACCAUGAUACUUUGGUUGAAGACAUAUUUUCUAAAGAAGAUGAGGACACAGAUGGAUUCAUAUCUGCAAGGGAGUUUGUGUUUGAGCAUGAUGAGCUAUGAAGUACUUUGGAAGAAAUUCCCAGUGAGGGAGAAAUCAAGAGACUUUGCAGAACUGACAUUUCUUGAAAUGUUGUAUGUAUGGAGCUGCCUGUCAACUCAUGGGGGGAGUGCAUUGCAUUUUUAUACCUGACAUAUGCUCAUUGAAACUAAAUUUUGUUACUAUGACCUUUUAAAAGACUGAAAAUAGCCUUAAAAACAGAUUUCCUAAAGGAAGUUCAUCAUAUUUAUGAAGCAAAAACUUUUCUACUAACAAAUGGUGCUUAAACAUUCUUUAGCCUUUCCUGUUAUCAAUUUGUGAAUUGUCUGUUUUUUAAAAGCUAGACUAAAAUAAACAGAAAAAGUAUGAUUUGGUAUAAA